AUGUUUUUGUUAACCUUGUUUUAUAGAAUAUUACGAGAAAGCACUUGCCAUCGCGAUAGAAAUUGGCGACAAAAACUAGAAGGAUUGAACGCGAACCUCGGAGAUGUGUUUUAUUCCCUAGGCGAAUAUCAGAAGGCUAAAGAACAUUACGACAAAGCACUUGCUAUCGCUAUAGAAAUUAGCGACCGACAAAAAGAAGGAACAAUUAACGGGAACCUGGGAAAUGUUUUUGUUAACCUUGGCGAACAUCAGAGGGCUAUAGAAUAUUACGAGAAAGCACUUGCCAUCGCGAUAGAAAUUGGCGACAAAAAACUAGAAGGAUUGAACGCGAACCUCGGAGAUGUGUUUUAUUCCCUAGGCGAAUAUCAGAAGGCUAAAGAACAUUACCAAAAAGCACUUGCUAUCGCUAAAGAAAUUUGCGACAGACACCGAGAAGGAAGAAUUAACGGGAACCUUGGAAAUGUUUUUGUAUACCUAGGCGAAUAUCAGAAGGCUAAAGAGUGUUACGAGAAAGCACUUGCCAUGGCGAAAGAAAUUGGCGACAGACAAGGAGAAGGAACGAGUAACAGGAACCUUGGAAAUGUUUUUGAUAACCAUGGCGAAUAUCAGAAGGCUAAAGAAUAUUACGAGAAAGCACUUGCCAUCGCGAUAGAAAUUGGCGACAAAGAAGGGGAAGUAUCAAAUAACGGGAGCCUCGGAAAUGUGUUUCGUUCCCUUAGUAAAUAUCAGAGGGCUAAAGAAUAUUACGAGAAAGCACUUGCCAUCGCGAUAGAGAUUGGCUACAGACAAGAAGAAGGAACAGAAUACAUGAACCUUGGAACAGUGUUUGAGUACCUCGGCGAAUAUACGAAGGCUAAAGAAUAUUACGAGAAAGCACUUGCCAUCGCAAAAGAAAUUGACGACAAAGAAACAGAAGGAACAAUUAACGGAAACCUUGGAAAUGUGUUUUAUUUCUUUGGAGAAUAUCAGAAGGCUGAAGAAUAUUACAAGAAAGUACUUGCCAUCGUCGGCGAGAGAAAAGGAGAAGCAUACCUGAAUCUUGGAAGUGUUUAUUUUCGGCUUCGAAAAAAUCGGGAAGCUAAAAAAUAUUUGGACAAGGCAGUCGGUAUCAGUAUAGCAAGUAGAGACAGAAGAAUAGAAGCCAAGGCUACAGCACGUUUGGCAGGUGUUUUUGCUUCUGUGAAUGACAAUCAGGAAGCAGAGGAAUAUUGGGAGAAGGCGCUUACCAUCAGCAGAGAAUGUGGCCAUAGAGAUGUUGAAGCAAGCAUCUACAUAAACCGUAGCAAUUUUUACCAAUCGCUUGGUGAAUAUGGCAAAGCAGAAGAUUGUUUAGAGAAAGCUUAUUCCAUAAGCAGCCAAAUUGGAUACAAGAUGCUUGAGUUUGAAAGCCUUCUCAGAAUUGCGCAGUUAAAGAUGUGGCAGUCAGAGAUUGUGGAAGUAAAGGAAUAUCUUCUUCGAUGUAUUGCAAAAUACGAGCAAAUCAGAAAUUUUCUGAAAGGAAACUGUGGAUUUAAAAUGGCUCUGUUAGAGAAACACGGUACUUCUCCCUACCGUUUACUCACUGACUUGCUUUGUAAUAUCCAAAAAUUUGGAGAUGCUCUCUAUGUUGAGGAACUGGGACGAGCAAGAGUCCUCGCAGAAGUAAUGGCAGACAAGUACUCCGUGGAAAGCCAGAUCUCAGCUGAUCCACAAUCAUGGUUCGCGAUUGAAAACAUCGUCAGGAGAGAAGGUAACUGUGUUUUCUUGUACAUCUCGUAUAGAGAGCGACAAGUUCUUCUCUGGGUAUUAAAAGCAAAUGGAGACAUUUGCUUUCGAGUAACAGACGAAGUGGAAGUAGACACUCUUAUUGAAGAGAAAGUUUGCGAUGUGGAAGGAAUUUUCAAAAAGAGCGCCGCUGGCUUUGGCGUUUUACCCACGGCGAACUGCGAAGAUCGAUCUUUGGAUGACCACGUGACGAUAUCUCUUCAUAAGGAGAGCCGAACACAUUUGCGAGGUGAACAAACCAAAGAUACCGAAAGAAUUCAUAAUUUGUGCUACAAAUGGAUUAUCGCACCUGUGGCAGACUUACUUACAGAGCCCGAAAUCGUCAUUGUACCGGAUCGUUUUUCGUACCGAGUCCCAAUUGCUGCCUUGCGAGAUGAAUCUGCCGAAGAGUAUUUAUCGGAGAAGUACAGAAUCCGUAUCGUCCCUUCUCUGACGACUCUCCGAAUCAUUCAAGAAUGUCCAGCGGACUAUCACAGUCUAACUGAUGCACUGGUUGUUGGUGAUCCUACGGUUGGCGAGGUGCAUUACAAUGGAUGUCUCACUGACAUUACACCAUUGUUCUGUGCAAGAAAGGAAGCAGAGAUGGUGGGUCGACUGCUGGGCGUUCAGCCUUUGUUAGGAAGUGGCGCAACAAAGCAGGCAGUACUUCAAGCGAUACCUUCGGUAAGUCUGAUACAUCUUGCCGCACAUGGACAUCCCGAAAGAGGAGAGAUUGCCCUCUCUCCUCAACGUACUACUGACAAUAUUCCUCAAGAAAAAGACUACCUCCUGACUAUGUCCGAAAUUCAAGGAGUUCAAGUGCGAGCUAAACUGGUAGUACUCAGCUGUUGCCACAGUGGGCGUGGAUUGGUUAAAAAGGAAGGAGUCCUUGGAAUCGCUCGUGCAUUUUUAGCAUCCGGUGCACGUUCGGUGUUGGUAGCAUCGUGGGCUAUAGAAGACGAAGCAACGGAACAGCUCAUGAAUCAUUUCUACAAACACCUUGUGCGUGGAGAAAGUGCUAGUGAAUCUCUUCACCAGGCCGUUCAAUGGUUGAGAAGCAAUGGUUUCCCUAAACCUUCCCAAUGGGCUCCGUUUGUGCUGAUGGGGGAUAACGUGACAUUUGAUUUUACGAAAAAAGGGUAAGCCUGAUUUGUAAUGAGCAAUUUUCUAUAAAAACCGAUUAGCACACUUAACUUUUUCAGUUCAUCUUAUUACAGUCAGUUUCUGUUUGUUUGUUCGUUUUCGUCUUUGUCUUUCAUCUGUGAAAUGUCAAGAAAAAGAAGACGAUUUUAUCUAGCGCUCGAAGCCAGAAGAUUUUGAUGAAUCGCUUCCUAAAUUGGCCUUAAAAAAGAGUUCCUUGAAGGUAUGGAAGAUAUUCAGGAAUAAGUGCUCAAGGUUAAAACGAUGCUAGAAGCUAUGACGAUGAGAGCAAUCUGAGAAAUUUCAUAGUCCAUGACAUUGAAGAAGAAAGUAAUUUCUUUCAAAGGAACUCGACCCGUUUGCUUUUCAGUUAAAAUAGUGACAAAUGUAGAAUGUUUGUUCUUAGGAAAGAAGAACUCAAGGAGGACAAAAAUGAAGCAAAGAAAGAAACCGAGUGACGGCUGAUCCUACACAAAGAUUCUUCUUCCUUUUAUCUGACAUUUAUCGUCUUUAAAUGGACACCGGUAUUACUUUGUAUAGACAUUUUUAAUUUGUUUAAAAGUCAAGGAGUUGUUUUGGCAUGCUUUUUUAAACAAGGCUGAAUCGCCGAAAGCGUGUGUUAAUGAAACCUGCAAUUCAGCCGUUAGAUUUAUUAAGUAUACCGUAAGGGAAUUACAUUUAACACUGGGUUGGACGCAGGAAAUAAGCUAAAUGUUAAAAAAUGAGAAAAUGUUGGUAAAGUUGCGUCAAAACUCAAAAUUGAUCCUCGGUUUACAUCACUAUGAUCUGGUUUUCAAUUCUCUUGUAGCUUGCAAACGUGAUCAUCAAAGAGGGAUAAAAACUGUUUACAGGUACAGGGGAUGAUAACAUGACAAACAAACGGAACAAAGAGAACGCGAGAUACUAUAUAAUAAUCUAAAAGGUAACCGGAGAGGGAACAAACAGAGUGAAAUUUACAUGAAAUCAAUAACAAAUAGAUAAGAAAAGAGAAACGACAUACAAGUUGUUAAGGUAAAAUAAGCCUGAAACAUUGCGUGAGAACGCAACAGUUAAACAGAAGAGUGCAAACAAUUCGGAGGAAAUUAACGUGACAAUCAGCCAGUCCAGGGGCUAAAUUCUAACGUAAGAUACAAAUAUAAAUCGAAAAAAAAAGACAGCGGGGUAGAUAUUAACUUCGAAAUCAAAAUAGAAGAGAAAAAGAUUUGUAGAAGAUUCUAACGCAAAAUUCAAUCCGGGAAGAGAACGAGCUAUGUACAAGAUACAAACAAACAACCAAAAAGAGAAAACACAAAACAGUGCGCAAUAUGUUUGCGACAAACAAAAGUAAAGAGAGGAAGCAGUAGACUAGACAUUGAUGGAAACUUCAGAUUGGAAGGAAAAAGAACAUUUAUUGCGUGAAUCAUUGAAGUUAAAGUCAAUCAGAAGAAGAGAAGAAAUACUGUGCAAGAUGUACCUAUUAAAAAAAAACCAAACAAACAAACAGUAAACAUAAGCAUGUUACGCAUGCAAGAGUCAUUUUUUUGGAUGCGUAGGUUGAGAUGCGACACUUUGAGUGAAUGACUUUUUAAUUUUGUAAAAUAAAACGACAACGAAAAAACAUCGUUUGAUAGAAAGCAAUUAUAUGAAAUAAAUUCAGGCACAGCUGUUUUGGGGUCUGUUGUCAAUGUUGCUUGAACAAUUUUAACUGAAAUAAAUAAACCAAUGUCACCAGUAUGGAGUCAGUCAUCCUCGUCAAUAGUUUCAGCAGUUUUCUUGGGUCGUGAACGUAGCCUUUUAGAAAAAUCUGGAUGAAUAAAAUCCAAAUGAUAAUAUUUUAGUUUAGUUGAGGUUGAUACAAAUGGAUUUUUAAUCAUUAUUGAGAGGCUAGUCAUUGGAUAAAUCAAACAAAGGGGUAUUACGCGAGUGGCUCCUUCGAACCAGUACAGUCAGUGACUCACUAAAGUCAGUCAAGCCGCCUGCUAGUUAGUCAUUCCGUAAGUCCAUUCAGUCAGUCAGUCAUUGAGUCAGUCAAUCAGUCAGUCAGUCAGUCUGCCAAUCAGUCAGUCAGUCGGUCAGUCAAUCAGUCAGUCGGUCAGUCAAUCAGUCAGUCGGUCAGUCAGUAAGCCUAUCAGUCAUUCAGUCAGUCAUCAGUCAUUAAGUCAGUCAUCAGUCAGUCAGUCACUUGUUCAAUCAGUCCGCCUUUUAGCCUGGCAGACAAGCAGCCCGCGUGUCAUUUGUUUGCCAAGAAACACUCAAAGAGCUUGACAUAUAUACCUAUUGUGACGUCAUUGAACAGCUUGAAGGUGGCAGCAGCUGUACAUUCGGUUUGACAGUAAUCAUCGGUCAGCCGAGGAAACAAACGGCAAAUAUUGUACGAUAAAUUAUCAGUAUCAAGUGGUAAAGGUGAUAGAUUUCUAAAUAAACUGUUAAAGGGUAAAAAGCUGACGUUUCGAGCGUUAGCCCUUCGUCAGAGGAAUUGGUAUAUCAAUUAGUAGUUCUGUUUUGCUGCCAGAACGGACAAGGCUUAUCUUGCUUGCCUGCGAUGACCCGCUUUGUCCUUCCCCUCCUGCAGGAAAGGGAAAAUAAGAACAGCUUAUAUAGAAAAGUGACUGCAAAUAAGACGGGAUCUUUAGAAUAGUACAAAGCUUUAGGAAAGGAUGAAGUAAAUUUUUGUUGCGACACAACUAAAAUUCUCCGCCCCCUUUCUUAACCCAUCCCGAGGAGACCGCUUUUUUAUAAUGGUCGGUCCCUCACACUCCAGUGUCGUCAUCAGUAGAAGUUCCGCCUCGUCGUCACUCUCCACACAGUUGUUACUCUUUGUGCUUUUCCUUCUGGGUCUCGGGCAACAUAUUAUUUGUUGAAAUGUAGAAAACGUAAAAUAUAAACUACAACUAAAGGAGAAAAACAUUGGGAAUCUUUAAAGUGGCGCAACUGAAGUAUCACAAGCUCGACAAAGUAUGCAUGCUCAGUCAAGAUUUUAUGGGGAUUUUGGCUCUCAAGUGGCCUCAUUUCAUUUUUCAGUUAUGUAUUUGCGAGUUUCGUAUCGUUUACGAGUAGAUAGGUGUGAAAGAUACGUUGAGGGAUCAUCGUAAAAAAAAAACAGAAAAUAUAGAGAACAUGUUUAUUUUCGUUCAAAUCUCGUCGUUGUUGAGCAAAUAGCAAUCAUUUAACUGCUUAAACCUUUGAUAAAUACUGCAGAGUUCUUUUUUGAGAAGUAUACAUUGAUUGUUUUUUACUCCUACGAGUCAUAAACUAAAAUUAAAUAUGUGAGUCUGAAUAAUUCCGCGAGUUCGAGUUCGAGUGAAAUGUGGAACACAAAGGCUCAAGGAAAAAUUUUGGCAAGCUAAUUAAAUUGGGAAAGAUUUCCGUAUCACCACAUACUAUUUGAAUACAAAGCAAUAUUCCCAAGGGUAUUUUCUGUUGUUUCGCCAUUGUUUUCUUUUGUCAAGAACUGUAUGCAUAAUAGUAAAGUAUGUGGUAAUCUUGCCCAAAGUUGAAGGGAGAGCGCAAUGUGGGAUGUUCUCAUUCAGAUAUGCUGAACAUGCAAGGCGUAAAGGCCUAUUUACACGGUACGACUUUGUCGCAUGCGACAAGCUUACGACAGGCCUACGACAUGACUUAGGACAUACACGCGCACGACAUUUUCACCUACGACAUGCCAAAAUCGCGUGCAAUUCCACUCGUUUCGGCCGCGGUCAUUGUUUCAAUAAUUUGCAAGAGAAGGAAAAGAACCUCUUCCUCGCUCCACAGUGAUAUCAUAUUCUCUGUUUCCUCAUCUGAGAAUGUAUUUUUCGCUUUGGAAGCAGUCUUCGACUUUCCGGAGGCGACUUCCUCCGCCAUUUUGACGCAAGAAAAUUUCACCUUCCUCCCCUACUCAGUAGAAAUUUGUCACAAAAUACGUCAUUUUCUAUCAAUUUCGGCUACGAUUGUCGCAGCGUUUUAAAACAUGUUUUAAAAUCCUACGACAUUUUUCGUGACGUGCACGACAGUCGUAAGCGAGUGGUAGGUUUGAUUUACACGAUAUAAUUCGUGUCGUAGGCCUGUCGUAAGCUUGUCGCAUGCGACAAAGUCGUACCGUGUAAAUAGGCCUUAAGGAGUAACCAGGCGCGUUUAAAACGUGCGAGCGAAAAAUCACGGAUGCGCGAGCCUAAUGGAGCUUUCUCCUUGUAUGUCUGCUCUCAUGCACGCGUAUUACUCGCAUUUUUGCGGACACUUAUAACGCGGGCUGGUAAACCUAAAAUAUUUAAAAAAGAGCGAAGCGGAGCGGUGCGGGGGGGAGUGCUACGCGAAAUUACUUUUAACAAUUAUAAAUAUUUCUUUCACCGCUUUUUCAGGCGUCACUACACAGACUCAUGUUUUUUUAGUGGAUAUAAAGUCCUUGUAUCUUGUCUUAAUAGACUAUUACUUUGGCUUUGCCUCAGUUCCUAACGUUUUCCUAUUGCUUUCAAGAAGCGAAGGGUGGGGUCGCCUAAGUUAAGGAAAAAGUUCCUUAAGUUAAACUGUCUCGUGUAGGAAAACAAUUCAAACUGGACUCUUCUCAUUGCAAUUAACAUUUUCCAUAUCUAUCCGAUAUUGUCACCUGUGAGGAAAACAAUUCAAACUUUAUUGAUGAGUGGGCUUUUCAGCUCAAUAUAUAAAUUCUUCAAUAAUAUUAUAAUUACAAAAUAUCAAUAAUAUAAUAUAUCAACUUAAUAAAACGUUUGCAAGAUGACGUCUAAAAUUCCUGGGGCAUUUUAAAGACUUAAUGUUUUUCCAUAUCUAUCCGAUAUUAUCAAAGCACCAGAUGAUAUGGACUUGAGAACGUAAUUUAAACAUAUCAGCAAGAUAGUCUGGAACAAGCUUGUUAAUACAUUUGUGCAUCAUAGUAGCGUCAUUUAAAUCUAAUAGGAAGCCAUUUGAUCGCAACCCAUCCGAAAUAUGGUCAUAUGACGGCAAAGUUUUGGACUUUUUGUAACUUGUCAAUAUUGCUGUAUGUAAAUAGCUGUAUGACGUACCCUUAACCUCUUCCAAUGAAUUAAGAUCUCCUUCUCUUCCCUUGGCCAAGAUGUCUUCGAAUAUAACUUUAUUGAUAAUCUGAGAAGGAAAGUCAAAAUUAUGUGCUCAGUUAAAUCUAUUUCCGAAAAAAAAAGGUUUCCAGCUUUUUAUGAUUUGAUUGCCUUUGAACAUUAAUGGGGGAAGUUCUAAAAAAGUGAAAAAUUAAAUCAUCCUUCAGCCAAACAAACAAAAAAGAAAAGCAGAAAUCCAUAAAUAAAUAAAUAAGCAAUAAAUCAAAGAUAUCUAGACAAAAUCAACGACGAAGAAAAUUGUUGGCGUUUGACCCCAUUCGACUUGGCUACAACCAUCUCAACCUGUGGUUAGUUCAACUUCAGCUUGCACGGGAGGCCUGGGGAUAAUAUUACGGGCCUCUCUCAUUUACACCUUAGAUCACAGCCCCCGACCCUCGGGACCCCUCACCUCAUGUUGACAAAGCUGUCUCACGGGUCCCUCGACUCCAUGUUUUUUGGCCCAGGCUUCUAUCACUUCCGCAUCUGGUACAAUAAUGGCAACUAAAAAGGACUGGAAACGAAGAAUGUGUUUAUUCAAGCUGCUAUUUAGCUUCAAUGCUUUAAAAUAUUAUCAACAAACGUUAAAAGCUGUUUCCAAUGAAAAAGGCCUGCGCAACAAACGGACUGCGUAAAUAUACAUUCUGGAUCUUCUCUAGAGCAAUAUACUCUCCCUGUUUUAGGAAAAAAAACUAAUCACCAUUUAAAGUGAAAUAAAAAAAGGAAUAAAAAAUAAAAAGAAAUGAUACAUGAGGUUGAGACAGAAAAAAUAUCUUAGUUCUCUGAGAGGCUUUGAAUCCAAACCUUCGAGUUCGGAUUUCAUGCUUCACUUCUAAGCUACAAUGUAUCCAACAGCGACUUUAAGAAGUCAAUUUUGUUUAACUUAACCUAUUUCCUCGUUGGACAGCCGAGCUAACAAUUUCAUUCUUUCUUAACUUGUUCAGUUAAACUUCAGAAGAUUUAGAAGGAAAUCCAUACAAGGUAACAACACAAGAGAUAAUAACCUUCGAAAAUUCUAAAUUUUAUAACCGCUUCCAAGAGAUUUAGCAAAAUGUAACGGAAUAUUGAUAUAUAACAUUUGUAAAACAAUGAUAUUCAGAGACGAAAAUAUAGUAUUCUUACCUAGGAAAGCUUACAAAUGUUUUUCUUUCUAUCAAUGAUUUUCAAAGUUCCAUUCUGCAAAAGAGGGCAGUGCGCUUUUAGCUUUGAUAAUAACAUGGGCAUGCCACGCAUGCAAGAGGUAUCUUCUUCGGAUGGGUGGGUAACGAGCUAACUGGUACCUUACAUUUUUAUAGAGAAAAAUAGAAUUAAGUUUCAAAAGAUUCCAACGAAUAUAUCGUUAAAUGGGGAGAGAAAAAAACCUUUCCAACUUAUAUGAAAUAAACUCAGGCACAGAUGUUCUGUGGUCUAUUGUCACAAGUUUCUGAAUAAUUGUAAGCAAAAAUAACGUGCAUCGUUGCCACACAUGCAGCCGUGUUUGGGCUCCUCACGCAACGCGCUCCUUCUCUCCAUUGGAUGAAGAGAGUGAAAAAAGUUUGCGAAGAUUUUUCUAGCCUGCGAUCAGGCCCCCAUUAUCAGCGUUUGGUCACGAGCGUUUUCUUCGCCCGCGCGAACAUACGAGGCCUUCAGGAACACGAGCCAGCGAAAGGUUUGUCCGGGGUCUGGUACUGAUAAUUAGUGCUAGAUCCUAAACAAACCUCCCCUCGACAUGACAACGCAUUCUCUACAUUGGCGCACCAAGGGUGAGAUGAGAUUUGCCACGCACUUUUUACCUUCAAAUAGACAUAUGCCACUGAUCCUUCACUUUACAAAGCAACAAAGAGUUCAAAGAGUCGUGGUAAACACGAUAUUUAAUUGUUAACGUGCUAGUGUGCUAAUGCGACAUCUCAUUAAUUUGCUCUCACAUAGACCAUUAUUGUUUUGAUUCAUAUACUGACACAUCAUGAACUGCUAUAGAAGGACAUCGGUCUCAAUGAAUUCCAUCCAUGUUUUAAAGUUUUUUCAUAUCUCAAGGAGAACAAAUGCCUUGCGAAUUAAAAUCAGUACUUCUGCCGUGUUGCCAAAUUUUGCCGUGAGUCAAACUCGAACCAUUCAUACCUAUCCAAUGCUUGGAUAACUAUCAAAACGCCAGUGUAAAUCUAUUCCAAUAGGCAUGCUUAAUUGGUGCACAAGAAAAAACGUCCUGAGAAGUUUACAAAUGUUAAAUGUUCGUGUUGCGUCAAGCGCGCAAUCAAUUAUUUCGGUAAAACAAAUGUUCAGAUCAAGAGAGAAUGUAAAAAAUUGGUAAGAUAGAACCAUUCAAAAUUGAAAUUUUUUGGAGAAAAUUUUCAUCACACGAGCAGAUAUUCUCCUCAAAAAAUCUCUGUUUGGCUCGGCAUGUUUAAUGUUGUUUCCUUGGUCGUCCUAAGUAGCUUAAGAUUUUUCAAUGUUGGUGGUAAUGCAGAGUAUAUUCAAAUCGCACAGUUUUACUAUAUUUCAAAUUAAUUUAUGGCGGGCAAAUAUAUUUUAUUUGAUGAGUUUAAUUUGUGCACUUAAUUCAUGGGGAAGAUGGAGAGCAAUUGAUGUUGAGGUUCCUAAACUUGCUGUUUACCAAUCGAACUUAAACUUUGCUUUUGGUGUCCGUUGUUCCCUAUUUGGUUUAUUAUUCUUUUUUUCACCUAUCAAAUGUUUACGUCUUUCUUUCCAUAGCUGUUUGCCUUCAUCGUUGUUUUUCAGAGAAAGCCGAGAUCUAUUUCAGUUUCUUACUGUUGGUUUUAUUAGUCAUACUAUUGGAAUAUUAAACAAGACAGGCUUCUUUUUUAAAAGGUUAGUUUUAAGAAAAAUAAAUUUGAGGUUCCUAAACUUGCUGUUUACCAAUCGAACUUAAACUUUGCUUUUGGUGUCCGUUGUUCCCUAUUUGGUUUAUCAUUCUUUUUUUCACCUAUCAAGUGUUUACGUCUUUCUUUCCAUAGCUGUUUGCCUUCAUCGUUGUUUUUCAGAGAAAGCCGAGUUCUAUUUCAGUUUCUUACUGUUGGUUUUAUUAGUCAUACUAUUGGAAUAUUAAACAAGACAGGCUUCUUUUUUAAAAGGUUAGUUUUAAGAAAAAUAAAUUUAGAAACAAUCUUUUCUCGCCUUACAAUACUACAAAACUCGAAAUAGAUUUUUGGCACAGACUUGUUGCUAAAAACUUGCCUUCACUUGAUCAUAAUCUUCAAAAUAUAAUGAUCAACUCAUCACAAGGCCUUUAACCUCCAUGAUCAAAUUAUCAAGUCUCCUUUCUAAAUGUAACUAAUGUCACUGUAAAUAUUUUUAGAGAAUGAAGUGUUGCGUCAAUUUAACACCGUCUAGCUGAUAAGUUUCUUUAUUCUCCAAAACUGUUGGCUAAAGAAUAUAUUGAUACUGUAGGGAGAAAUUGCAUCUUCAAACUAAAAUGAUUCACUCAUCUCGAGGCCUUUAACAUCCAUAAUCUCAUUUUCAAGUCUCCUUUCUAAAUGUAACAAAUAUCACUGUAAAUAUUUUUAGAGAAUGAAGUGUUACGUCAGCCUAACACCGUCAAGCUGACAACUUUCUUUAUUCUUUAAAACUGUUGGCUGAAGAAUAUAUUGAUUCUGUAGGGAAAAAUUGUACAUUUAACAAUUAUCAAGUGUCCGAGUCUGGGACUGAAAGAGUAAAAGCAGCCACACGAUGUAUGAUUGGGAAGUUUAUGUAAAAAGAACGAAGAUGCAAUGUUUUUAAUGCAAUUACGGGAAAGUUGGAAAGCGACGUAUUAGUGUUUUAGGUUUUGUUCUACCGGUUAUGCGGUUACUUUUUUCACAAAAAGUCAUUGUCAUUCAUUUCUGUUUUGCAGGGAAAGUGUCAUUUCAGUUUCUUACUCUCGGCUUCCUCAGUCAUUCAAUCAAAAUACUGAACAAGACACACUUCCUUUACUUUAAAAAGCAAUAAAGGGUUCAAAGAGUCGUGGUAAGUACGAUUUUUAAUUUUUUACACAUCAUGAAUUGCUUGAGAAGGAUAUCGGUCUGAAUAAAUUCCAUCUAUAUUUAAAGUUUUUUCAUAUCCUAAGAAGAACAAGUCUCUUGCGCGUUAAAAUCGGUACUUCUACCGUGUUGAGUUAGAUUCGUAUCAUUCACAACUAUCCAACUUUUGGAUAACUAUCAAAACGGCAGUGUAAAUCUAAUCCAAUAGGCAUGCCUAAUCUUUGCACAAAAAAAAAAACGUCGUAAGAAGUUUACAAAUGUAAAAUGUUCGUAUUGCGUCAAGCGCGGGGUCAGUUAUUUCGGCAAAAUGAAUGUUAAGAUUAAGAAAGAUGGAAACCGUUGUUGGUGUUCGCAAUAGAAAAAUCGGCAAGAUAGAGCCAUUCGAAAUUGAAAUUUAUUUUUGUGAAAAUGUUCAUCACAUGAGCAGAUAUUCUUCUUAUCAUAAAAUCUCCGUUUGGUCCGAGAGAGCUUUACUUUAAUAAUUUUACUUUAAAAAUAUUAGAAAGUGCUUUAAGAAUGAUUUACUUCAAGAAUUUUAGAAAAAUUCACGCGUCACGUAUAUUUCAGGAGGCCAAUCACGCCCCACUCACGAAUCACACUCGCCUUUCUGUAAAAUUCGCGCGUCACACACUAAUUUUGGCCUUAAUCACGCGUCACGUGUAAACCCUCUGGCACCCUUUGGCACCCUUAAAAGACAGUUUGACAGCUUUCAUAGGACACUUCAAUGAAGUACAGAAAUAUAAAAUGCAAUUAAAGGUUACGUUCGACUGUAAUAGUCUUUAAAAUUAAUUACCAAAACGAUUCAAAUAAGAGAAACCCAAGGACAAGAGCGUGCAUGUUGGUGAAAAAGCGCUUGUUUAAGAUGAGUAGGAAAUAAGAGCCUCCUUUUAUUAACCGAAUAAAUUUGUACCGCCACUUUCCGUUCCCAACAAAAUAAGUAACAGCUUGCGUUCUCAAUCGUCUCUCCUGAUUGAAAUGACAGAAAUGAUUUUCUUCGAAAAAAAUUAGAAUAUUUCUUUAAAACUGAAACGUACGAAAAUCAUAAAUGCCAUUAUUUCAAUUACAAAGUCAAAGAAAACCUACUCUCUUAGCUACAAGCGUUAUUCAAAGUUCUGUCCUUUUUCAGAUGCAAGGCAGCUGGGCGAUCUGUCCAAAAAACGCGCGAGACGCUCGCGACGUGUGGAAGGCGCCCAUUUAAAUCGUCCCAUGCUAUCUCGUCCUAUCAUCGUAUGAUCAAUAGAAGUUCCAGAGGAUAUCAUGUUGAUGUAUAUUCGUUGAGUUGAAUUCAAACGUUUGCCGACUUUUCCUGCUAAUUUUAACAAUCUCGGUGGAAGUUGUUUUCUAGCAGUGAAUUGCGAUCAGUGUGGCAUGAAAUUAGUUAAAAAAGAACGUUUCAUGCAAACAUAACACGAUUUGUAAAUGAACUGUUUUUAAUUGGUAGAAACUUUUUAAUAGCUAUAACCAAAUAUGCUCCACGAUUAUUUGAAUUCAACCCAACUGAUUCACAUGGGAUUGGUUUGAAUUAAAGAGUGCAAAGAAAAUGUUGCCCUCAGACAUUCGCGGUAAAAAGAUAGAAAACCAAUUCCCCUAAAAAAGCUCAAGGACUCCACAAUAAUCAGUUUUUAUUUCAACUUUUUUUAAAUUUUCUUUUUUGUUAAUUCUUUGUCACGACAACAAACAGGAAAGACUCGUGAUGAGUGACGCUGCAGAAAUCUUAAAAUCAGUCCAGAUAGGUUUAAAUGUCGUCAUAUUUCUUCUCAACACUGAUCGUGGCCCACAAGCGACUGAGUUAUGUAAUGAAUGUGCAAGUCUACUUCAAAACCUUGACUGUGGUAGUCACCUUGAUAUCUCUGAUGUAAUAUCCAAUGCAUAUUACGCCAUCUCUGGUAACACAAAUGCGGAAAGAUAUGCCAAGACACUUCUUUACACGUUGCACCACGCUGGAAGACUAACCAUUAAACUGGGAGACAAAUAUGAAGCACAGCGCCGCUUUGUUGAGGCAAAGCAACUUUUCAAUAGCGCACUCAUCAUCAUGCAAACGAUUGGUCCCAAAAGAGAAGAAGUAAUGGCUCAUAGAAGACUUGGAACUGUGUGUAUAAGCCUCAGUGAAAUGCAGAAGGCAAAAGAAUACUUCGAGAAAGCCCUCAUCAUCGCGAUAGAAAUUGGUGACAGAAAAGAAGUAGGAGCAAUAAACGGGGAUAUCGGAACUGUGUUCCAUUUCCUUGGCAAACAUCAGAGGGCUAAAGAAUAUUACGGGAAAGCACUUGCCAUCUUGGUAGAAACUGGCCAUAGGAGAGAAGAAGGAAUAAUUAACAGGAACCUCGGAAAUGUGUUUCAUUGCCUUGGCAAAUAUCAGACGGCUAAAGAAUGCCACAAGAAAGCACUCACCAUCGCAAUAGAAAUUGGCGACAGACGAGCAGAAGUGACAAGUAACGGAAACCUUGGAAAGGUGUUCUAUUCCCUCGGCAAAUAUCAGAAGGCUAAAGAAUAUCACGAGAAAGCACUUGCCAUCGCGACAGAAAUUGGCGACAGACAAGUAGAAGGAACAAGUAACGGGAACCUCGGAACUGCCUUUUAUUCUCUUGGCAAAUAUCAGACGGCUAAAGAGUGUCACGAGAAAGCACUUGCCAUUGCGAUAGAAAUUGGCGACAGACAAGCAGAAGGAGCAACAUACGGGAACCUCGGAUGUGUGCUUCUUGAACUCGGCGAAUAUCAGAAGGCUAAAGAAUAUUUCGAGAAAGCACUUGCCAUCAAGAUAGAAAUUGGCGAUAGGAGAGGAGAGGGAACAAUUAACGGGAACCUCGGAAUUGUGUUUGGUUUCCUUCACAAAUAUAAGAAUGCUAAAGAACACCUAAAGAAAGCACUUGCCGUUGCGAUAGAAAUUGGCCACAGACAAGAAGAAGGAACAAGAUAUGGAAGCCUCGGAAGUGUGUUCUCUUCCCUCGGCAAAUAUCAGAAGGCUAAAGAAUAUCACGAGAAAGCACUUGACAUCGCAAUAGAAAUUGGCGACAGAAAAGGAGAAGGAACAGCAUACGGGAACCUCGGAAUUGUGUUCUCUUACCUUGGCAAAUAUCAGAAGGCUAAAGAAUGUCACGAGAAAGCACUUGCCAUCUCGAUAGAAAUUGGCGACAGAAAAUCAGAAGGGAUAGCAUACGGGAACCUCGGGUGUGUGCUUCAUAACCUCGGCGAAUAUCAGAAGGCUAAAGAAUACCAUACGGAAGCACUUGCCAUCGCGAUAGAAAUUGGCCUCAGAAAAGAAGAAGGAACAGGAUAUGGGAACCUCGGAAGUGUGUCAAAUGCCCUCGGCGAAUAUCAGAAGGCUAAAGAAUAUUAUGAGAAAGCACUUGCCAUUAUGAUAGAAAUUGGUGACCGACAAGGAGAAGGAAAAGUUUACGGGAACCUCGGAAAAGUGUUUAGUAUCCUUGGCGAAAAUCAGAAGGCUAAAGAAUAUUACAAGAAAGCACUUGCCAUCGCGAUAGAAAUUGGCAACAGAAGAGGAGAAGGAACAGCAUACGGGAACCUCGGAAAUGUGUUAGUUGAACUCGGCGAAUAUCAGAAGGCUAAAGAAUACACGGAGAAAGCACUUGCCAUCGCGAUAGAAAUUGGUGACAAAAAAGGAGAAGGAUCAAGUUACCUGAACCUCGGAACUUUGUUUCAUACCCUUGGCGAAUUUCAGAAGGCUAAAGAAUAUGACGAGAAAGCACUUGCCAUCGCAAUAGAAAUCAGCGACAGAGAAGUGGAAAUAUCAAGUUACCGGGAACUCGGAAAUGUGUUUUGUUCCCUUGGCGAAUAUCAGAAGGCUAAAGAAUAUUACGACAUAGCACUUGCCAUCGCGACAGAAAUCGGCGGGAGAAAAGGAAGAGGAUACUUGAGUCUUGGAAAUGUUCAUCUUCAGCUUCGAAAAAAUCGGCAAGCUAAAGAAUAUUUGGACAAGGCAGUCAGCAUCAGUAUAGCAAGUGGUGACAGAAUACUAGAAGCCAACGCUACAGCAGGUUUGGCUGCUGUUUUUGUUUCUGUGAAUGAUAAUCAAAAAGCAAUAGAACAUUGUGAGAAGGCGCUUACCAUCAGCAGAAAAUGUGGCCAGAGAGGUGUCGAAGCACAAAGUUACAGGAGACUUGGCGCAAUAUACCUAUCGCUUGGUGAAUGUAGCAAGGCAGAAGAUUGUUUAGAGAAAGCUUAUUCCAUAAGCAGCCAAAUUGGACACAAGAUGCUUGAGCUUGAAAGCCUUCUCUUUAUUACAGUGUUUAAGAUAUCGCAGUCAGAGAUCGUGGAGGCGAAGAAAUACCUUCUUCGAUGUGUUGCAAAAUAUGAGCAAAUCAGAACUUUUCUGAAAGAAAACAGUGAAUAUCAAAUAUCUCUGUUGGAGAAACUCGGUACUUUUCCCUACCAUUUACUUACUCGCUUGCUUUGCUGUAUUGGAAAAUUUGAAGAUGCUCUCUAUAUUGAGGAACUGGCACGAGCAAGAGUCCUCGCAGAAUUAAUGACAGACAAGUACUCCGUGGAAAGCCACAUCUCAGCCGAUCCACAAUCAUGGUUCGGGAUUGAAAACAUCGUGAGGAGAGAAAGAAACUGUGUUUUCUUGUACAUUUCGUAUAGAGAGCGACAAGUUCUUCUCUGGGCAUUGAAAGCAAAUGGAGACACUUGCUUUCGAGUAACAGACGAAGUGGAAGUAGACACUCUUAUUGAAGAGAAAGUUUGCGAUGUGGAAGGAAUUUUCAAAAAGAGCGCCGCUGGCUUUGGCGUUUUAGCCACAGCGAACUGCGAAGAUCGAUCUUUGGAUGACAACGUGACGACAUCCCUUCAUAAAGAGAGCCGAGCAAAUUUGCGAGGUGAACAAACCAAAGAUACCGAAAGAAUUCAUAGAUUGUGCUACAAAUGGAUCGUCGCACCUGUGGCAGACUUACUUACAGAGCCCGAAAUCAUCAUUGUGCCAGAUCGUUUUUCGUACCGAGUCCCAUUUGCUGCCUUAUGUGAUGAAUCUGCCGGAAAGUAUUUAUCGGAGAAGUACAGAAUCCGUAUCGUCCCCUCUCUGAUGACUCUCCGAAUCAUUCAAGAAUGUCCAGUUGACUAUCACAGUCUAACUGGAGCGCUGGUAGUGGGUGAUCCUACGGUUGGCAAGGUGCAUUACAAUGGACGUCUCAUUGACAUUACACCAUUGUUCUGUGCAAGAAAGGAAGCAGAGAUGGUUGGUCGACUGCUGGGCGUUCAGCCUUUGUUAGGAAGUCGCGCAACAAAGCUGGCGGUACUCCAAGCGAUACCUUCAAUGAGUCUCAUACAUCUUGCCGCACAUGGAAAUGCCGAAAGAGGAGAGAUUGCCCUCUCUCCUCAACGUGCUACUAACGAUACUCCUCAAGAGGAAGACUACCUCCUGACUAUGUCCGAAAUUCAAGGAGUUCAAGUGCGAGCUAAACUGGUAGUACUCAGCUGUUGUCACAGUGGGCGUGGAUUGGUUAAAAAAGAAGGAGUCCUUGGAAUCGCUCGUGCAUUCUUAGCAUCCGGUGCACGUUCAGUGUUAGUAGCAUCGUGGGCUAUAGAAGACGAAGCAACGGAGCAGCUCAUGAAUCGUUUCUACGAACAUCUUGUGCGUGGAGAAAGUGCCAGUGAAUCUCUUCACCAUGCAGUUCAGUGGUUGAGAAGCAAUGGUUUCACCAAACCUUCCCAAUGGGCUCCGUUUGUGCUGAUGGGGGAUAACGUGACAUUUGAUUUUAUGAGAAAAGAGUGA